AUUCCGUGGCAAGAUUUCCGGAAUUCCCACUUUCCCCAAUGAAUCCUAGAAAAUCAUCUUUCUUUAUUACUAUUUCAGUAAUAAUAAAAUUCACCAAAAUCGAGAUGAAAACAAUUAAGAGGAAAUGUAAAAAAUUAGACAAACGUAUAUAAAUGCAUCCCCGGCAAUCAUAAGAAAAAGGGCCAAAUGCUUCUCCUAUAAUUUUCCUGCAGAACCCCACUUUGCACGUUUGCAUAGAGAAAAGUCUGGCAUAGUUUUAUCUUUUAAUGGAUACAGAUACUUCAGAUGCUGAAUCCACUAGUCGGAGAGCUGGUCUCUUAAAGGACCAGGUUGGACUAGUUAAGAGAAAAGAUUGUGACCGAUAUGAGAUUAUCUCAAUACCAGAUAAUUUGUCAUUUGAGAAAGGAUUCUUCAUUGUAAUACGUGCAUGCCAAUUGUUGGUUCAGAAGAAUGAUGGACUGAUAAUGAUAGGAGUAGCUGGUCCCUCUGGUGCCGGAAAGACUGUAUUUACUGAGAAAAUACUGAACUUUAUGCCAAGCGUUGCAGUUAUCUCAAUGGAUAACUACAAUGAUGCUAGUCGAAUUGUUGAUGGAAACUUUGAUGACUAUGAUACAUUGCUGAAAAAUAUCAAUGAUCUGAAGACUGGGAAGCCAGCAGAAAUUCCAAUAUAUGAUUUCAAAUCUAGUUCGCGAAUAGGAUACAGGACCCUUGAAGUCCCUAGCUCCCGCAUUGUGGUUAUUGAGGGCAUCUAUGCUCUGAAUGAAAAGUUGCGGACUUUCCUGGAUCUUCGCGUAUCUGUGAAUGGUGGAGUACACUUUGAUCUCGUUAAAAGAGUUUUACGUGACAUACAACGUGCUGGGCAGGAACCAUCAGAAAUAAUCCAUCAAGUAUCUGAAACGGUUUAUCCAAUGUACAAGGCUUAUAUUGAGCCUGAUCUCAAAACUGCACACAUAAAAAUUAUCAACAAAUUUAAUCCUUUCUCUGGAUUCCAGAGUCCUACUUACAUUCUAAAGUCAUCAAGGAAUCUGAAGACAGAACUAAUCAAAUCUGUCUUGUCUGAAGAACACACUGAGAGUACGGAACAGAUUUAUGACAUAUACCUUCUGCCACCUGGUGAAGAUCCAGAGACAUGCCAAUCAUAUCUGAGGAUGCGAAAUAAAGAUGGGAAAUACAAUCUCAUGUUUGAGGAAUGGGUCACUGAUUCUCCAUUUGUCAUAUCACCAAGAAUCAGUUUUGAAGUUAGUGUGCGUCUUCUUGGUGGAUUGAUGGCUUUGGGAUACACAAUGGCGGCCAUCCUCAAAAGAAACAGCCAUGUAUUUUCUGAUGAAAGGGUCUGUGUGAAAAUUGACUGGCUUGAACAACUGAACCGCCACUAUGUGCAGGUCCAAGGAAGAGAUCGUGUUGUUGUAAAAUGUAUCGCUGAUCAGCUGGGUUUGGAAGGCUCAUAUACUCCGCGUACAUAUAUUGAACAAAUACAGCUAGAGAAGCUUGUGAAUGAGGUUAUGGCAUUACCAGAUGACUUGAAAACAAAGCUUAGCCUAGAUGAAGAUAUUGUCGCAAGCCCUAAAGAAACUCUCUCUCGAGCCUUGGCGGAGAGAGUAUCAUGGAGAAAUAAGAAUAUCAGAAGUGGAUUGUCACACUCAUAUUCAACUAACAGGGACAAAAAUCUAUCAAAUGUUAGUUCUGAUUAUCGGAGGAAUGACAUGAGUGCGGAGUCGGGAACAAGAUUAUUAAACCAGGGAGCGGUCACACAUUUAUUGGAGCAAAUUUCUACCUUGAAUGACCGGAUGGAUGGCUUUACGUCUAGGAUGGAAGAACUUAAUUCCAAGUUAAGCAGCACAAGGGCUUCUCCAAGAAACAAACGAGCUUCUCCAAGCACACCAACUCUGGCUUUAGAAACUGAAGUGUGCAAUGGAUCUGCCCCUACUUCCUAUUUCAUAUCUGGUUUGGAGAAUGGUUCCUUGACUGGGUCCAUCAUGCCUAAUUCCUCGUCUUUUGCUUCCCUUACAAAGGAGUCCGUGUUUAUGGAAGAGAUAUCAAAUAUUGCACGUGGACAGCGUCAAGUUAUGCAUCAGUUGGACAACAUUAGCAAUGUUCUUCGCGAGAGAUUAGGUGAACAGUCUCGACAAGGAAGAACAAAUAAGAAAAGAGAUACAAUUGAUAUGGAUCCUGUCAGAAUACCUCUCAUCUUAACAUUAGCAGUUGGUGGCCUGGGUAAUCCUCUUGUUUUAAGAGCCUGCAAACAUCGAAACUGAUUCUUCAUCCUAAUCUUUUCUAACUGUAGGUAUUUUUCUUUUUCUCCUACUCCUAUUUUUAUAGAGCCCAUGCAAGUUAUUUUUGCUUUGUUCGU